GCAAACUCUCGUUCAUGCCCGAGGACCUUGAACUUGCGCUGGGCGAAGCCUUCGGCAAACUUGAAAAAUAAUCAAUAGUUUUAGUAACCAAAACCAUGCAUUUCUUUCUUGUUGCAGAUCACUGAUGCCUGCGGCGACCACAGGGAAUUUUUCCAGGUGCGUAUGUUGUGCGCCUUAACCUCCCUCGGGCAUCUCAAAUUAUGCCUUCAGCGUCUACUACGCCCACAAGCAAAGCACAUUCCGCGUCGUGCGCUCUGGGGAGUUCAAGGAGAAAUUGACCGGUUUCAUGCAAGAUUUUACCUAGAUCAGAAGACACUUCCUCGAAAUCGUGCAUAUAUAAUCUGCGAACAGCAUCGAUUCCAUGAAUAUCAAUAUUCAACGGAUUAUCGAAACUCUAGGCAGAGACGGUGCUAGGGAAGCUGCGGCUACCCGUGUGGUUGAGAGCAGAGGUGGCUUCGAGGCGCUAUACAUGAAGAUCUCAGCGAGAUGCUGGGGAGUAACAAAUCCAAUUUCGAAAAGAAAAUACAUGGCGCUACCUUUCAGAUCAAGGAGGCAGUGGAAAGCUCAAAGGAUGCUAUUCUGCGCCAGCUGAAUGAAGGACCACAUGAAGCCCUCGACGACGAAGAUAUCAAAGUUAUUUGGAGCGAAUCGGUGCGCAUCUCAUUCCGCAAAGCAAUCAGAACUUCAGGCCUAUAUCCAUUCAACAGAAAUGGAGAAACAGCGUCAAGUGGCAUGUAUUUAUUGAUGCGAUACAUGACCGAUUCUCUCAAAAGUUUGGAGAGCACCUUCGCGAGAACGAGGACUAUUACCAAGAUCAGUGGAUGCUUAUGGUCCUGUCAAAGGUCGUGUGUAUAUCAAUUUCAUUCAGCUCUAGUUAAUUGAAAUCCACCAACACUUUCCAACAAUACAUAGUCCACUAUGCACUGGGAGAAGCCAUUGACGAGGAUGGCAGUGGUUUUGUAUCCGUACACGAAAUGAACCAUUUUUUGAAUCG